CUCCACGCCCGGGCGGACGCUCGUCGGGAGGUAGCCUGCCGCUUCCCAAGAUGGCGCGCGUGCUGAAGGUGGCCGCGGUGGUGGCGGCGGCGGCUGCGCGCGCAGGAGGGCUUUUCCCCAGACUUCAAACGCCACUUCCAGCCCUCCGGGCUUUGUCUACCUCGCAGUCCCCACCUCGAGUGGCUGGCGCCGUCUGGAGCCUGGGGCGGCUGAACCACGUGGCCAUUGCCGUGCCCGACUUGGAGAAGGCCAGGGCCUUUUACCAGGAUGUUCUGGGGGCCCAGGUGAGCGAUGUGGUCCCUCUUCCUGACCAUGGAGUGUCUGUGGUUUUUGUCAACCUCGGAAACACCAAAAUGGAACUGCUUCACCCACUGGGAAAUGACAGCCCCAUUGCGGGUUUUCUGCAGAAAAACAAGGCUGGAGGAAUGCAUCACAUCUGCAUCGAGGUGGACGACAUAAAGGCAGCUGUGACGGAUUUGAAAGAAAAGAAGGUCCGCAGUCUAAGUGAAGAGGCCAAGAUAGGAGCGCACGGGAAACCGGUGAUUUUCCUCCAUCCUAAGGACUGUGGGGGCGUCCUCGUGGAGCUGGAGCAGGCCUGAGGGGCGCGCGCGGGCCUGGCAGAGCGGGGUCAGUGUGCGCUGCGGCGCUGAGGCCCUCACUCCUCUGUGGCUUCGAAGUUAAAAACUAAAUUGCAGGCAGAGAAUCAGAACAUUAUUUAUAUAUAUAUAUAUAUCUACCUAUAUAUUUGUUAAUUAUUUUGGGCUUUCUACUGAUUUGGAGAAAAUUUUGCUUACUUAGCACCUAGGGAGUAUUGUUAAAAAUCAUAUUCAUAGUAAUAAAUUAUUCCUGUCCUAAAA